AUGGCAACGACGACAGAAAGUUACCAGCUCAAGCUCCCUUUCAUAUUAGCCUCUGUAUCUCCAGAUCUUGCAGCUCUGCAUGCCUUGCGUGCGCGUCUUCUUCGUCCGACCGACGCCGCUCUGAACGCUUUGCACUGCCCACGUUGUGGUGUUCUACUGGUCGAUGGCUGUGGGGAAACCAGACUUACAAGGUCGUACAGGAACCGUGAGGACCCGGGCAACAACAAAAAUGCAGCGUCGUUCAGGCGACUGUUGCGCAGGUCGUGCAAGAGGUGCGGUUACAGAGGAGCUGCCCAUGUCGAGAGCGACAGUCCGUUAUCUUUCCCGCCUCCCAGGAGGCAAGGGCACAAGGGCGUAGCGGAGAAGAAGGCGAGACAUGAUUCCGAACAAGCUCCGAACACAGUAAAUCCAUACUCGACUUCUCGUGAGCGCUGUGUGGCGCCCUUAACCGUUGCACCGUCUCCCGUACCCAUUACGGAUGAAAGCGUUCACGCGGUCUUGCCAUCUGCGUUAUCGCCCUCUACGUCCUCAGUCCGUCCGAAGAGGCGGUCAAAGAAUUUUGAUUUACAGGAGAUGCUGGUUCGAAGUAGGAAGCGACAGGAAGAGGCGAAGGAGUUGCGGAGCCACCAACUGUCUACCCUCUUGCAGGAAUUGACUUGA